AUGCCGUCCGCGUACGAACUUGAAAGGGAGAAGAACAUUGCGCGAAAUCGAGCACUGCUCGAGCAACUCGAUUUAAAACAAGCCGUUGAAGGCCUAGUCGCAAAGCCUGCCGCUACCAAAUCUCAAGCAAAGCCUGUUCAACCAAACAAGCCCAGGAAACCUCGUGAGCGUGUGGCAGAGGGACCACGGCGCCAGUCAGCGCGUCUUCGCGAGUCGGUGAUUGACCCCAACGAGAGCCCUGCAAAGCGGAAGCGGCGGGAUGCAGAGCGAGAGGAAAGGCGUGCGAAAGAAGAGGAGGAACGGCUGGAGGAGGAGGAAAAGGCACGUGCCGCCAAACGACCGCGACAUGGAGAGCUGGGUCUGGCUACGCUGGUCGAAGAGGGGGACGCAGAAGACUUGUCAACACUUGCUUCGCUAUUCGAGUCCAUGUCUCAGACGACAAAGCUGAUCAUGGACGAGGAUGCUGGCUACCGCUCUGACGAGGAGACUGAAGAGGACAAGUUUGUGACGGAGCUCCGGGAGAAGUUGCAGGACUUGAAGGUCGUUGCGCGCGCAAAAGUGACGCAAGACCGUGUAUACUCUGCUGCAUAUCACCCAGAAGUUACGAAAGACCUUGUCUUUUUUGGAGAUAAACACGGAAGUCUUGGAAUCUGGGACGCGCGCGCCGCAGUGGACGAGGUUGAAGACGAAGACGGCGAUGUUUCGGUCGUCAACGCAAGCGAGGGCAAAUAUUGGCGGCUGCAGCUCCAUUGGCCUGCGACAAGCAAAUCGUCCAUAUCGUGCGUGAAGAUCGACCCAAUUAAUUCUCACAACAUCUACACUUCUGCUUACGACUGUACUGUCCGAUCGACUUCUUUCCCUUCAGGCGUGUCACGGGAGGUGUUUGUGACCGACGACGUCCUCAUUUCGAGCAUUGAUGUGGCGCCGACUGGAAAUGAUAUGUGGAUUUCCGAUGCGGCAGGGGACGUCUGGCAUCGCGACCUCCGCCAGGACAAGUCCGUUGUCAGUCGAUAUGGGCUCUCUGACACCAAAAUUGGCUGCUUGAGCAUCAACCCAACACGACCUAAUUUCUUGGUCACAUCGAGCAAUAGCCGUUCGCUCAAGAUUUGGGACAUUCGCAAGCUGCAAAACGUUCUGCAGGACGACAGUUUGCCAACACCACCACCGUCUUCUCCCGGAGGACCGUUCCUUGACCCAAUUUCGAAGCUGGAUUCUGAGGCAGACUAUGACACGGUAACGGAAUACACGCAGUCGAAGCGCGGCCAAGGCUGCCUGCGGGCUGACUGGCGGCACGACAAGUCAGUUAGCUCGGCAUACUGGGACCCACGCGGGCGGUAUAUUGUCAGCACGAGCUACGACGAUACUUUGCGGCUUUGGGAUAUUUCUUCGUCGAAUAUGGAGAGCUCAAGCACCUUCCCCUCGUCACGGCCGUUCAAUCGCAUACGACACAACUGCCAAACGGGCAAGUGGCUGACGAUUCUCAGGGCACAGUGGUCUCCGAAUCCAGAGGCCUACCCGCAUUUCACGAUCGGGAAUAUGGACCAUUCGGUCAACAUUUUUACGUGCAAGGGGGAGCUUAUCACGCGGCUUGCUGACCGCGACAAGAUCUCUGCUGUGCAAGCAGUUACUUGCUCCCACCCUUCUAUCGUCGAAAGGGUGGUGUCAGGCAAUGCUAGUGGACGAUGUGUUUUGUGGGCGCCGGAAGAUGAGGAAUGA